AGAAAGAAUAAAAAAAAAAGAGAUUUUAGUUGUAAUAUUGCACAUAUAUUUCUUUAGCUGACUUUUCCAAAUCAAUGUAGCCAAACCAAAACCUGGUGUAUGGAAGUCCAUAUCAUGGGGACUAAUGAUUUCAGAUUUCAUGUUUUCUUUCCCUUAACUAGGUAUCAAAUCUUUACAGGUUUCGGCUUCCAUCUCUAAACAAUCUCUAUCCUCUCCAUUAUCUGAUAUAUAUAUUUAUAUAUAUUCACUCCCUCUCCCAUCUUCAAUAUUCAAACUUUGAAACUCUUCACUGAGCUUCUCAAUUGGGUUGGGCUCUGUUUUCAGCUGCAGCCAUGAUCAACUUCAAACAACCUCAGGUUUUGACCUUUUUUUACUGCUUUUUAAUCCUGAUUCCUUCCCUAGUACAGGGGGAAUGUACCUGUGAACCAGAAGAAGAAGAUCGCAAUAAGUCUCUCGCGCUUAAAUAUAAGAUAGCUGCUAUAGCCUCCAUCCUCGUUGCGGGAGCCAUCGGUGUUUGCUUCCCUCUGCUCGGGAAAGUCAUCGAGGCUUUACGUCCCGAUAAAAAUCUUUUUUUCUUAAUCAAAGCUUUCGCCGCCGGUGUGAUCUUGUCCACCGGCUUCAUCCAUGUUCUUCCGGAUGCCACUGAAAGCUUAACAUCUCCUUGCCUCAAUGAGAAACCUUGGACAGAGUUUCCGUUCGCCGGACUGUUGGCUAUGACGGCGGCCAUUGGCACAUUGAUGGUUGAUGUGUUUGCUACAUCUCAUUACACCAAAUCUCACCUUCACAAAACCCAACAGUCCCACGAGGGUGAUGAAGAGAAAACAGAGCAAACCGAAAAUCAUCUGCAUGUUCAUACUCAUGCCACCCAUGGCCAUUCUCAUGGUUCUGUUUCUAUGCUUGAGCCUGCAGAUUCAGCUCAGCUCCUUCGGCAUCGAGUAGUAUCUCAGGUAUUGGAAUUGGGCAUAGUGGUGCACUCUGUGAUCAUAGGGAUAUCAUUGGGUGCUUCAGAAAGUCCAAAGACUAUAAAACCUUUGGUGGCAGCACUCACCUUUCAUCAGUUCUUCGAAGGCAUGGGACUUGGUGGAUGCAUUUCUCAGGCUAAAUUCAAGGGUCGAUCGGUUGCAAUCAUGUCACUGUUUUUCUCGCUGACAACACCAGUAGGAAUCGCUAUAGGAAUAGCAAUAACAAAUGCAUACGAUGAGAACAGCCCAACGGCACUGAUUGUGGAAGGAUUAUUGAACGCGGCAUCAUCUGGGAUCUUAAUAUACAUGGCGUUGGUGGAUCUUCUAGCCGCUGAUUUCAUGAACCCGAAGUUACAAAACAAUGGAAUACUUCAAGUCGGAGCCAGUGUUUCUCUUCUCCUCGGGGCUGGUCUUAUGUCUCUCUUGGCUAUUUGGGCUUAAAUUGGGGUUUGGUUGCUUUUACACAAAAACAUAGUACUGAUAAAAAAGUUAAAAGAGUAUAUGAAAGCAAGAAGUUUUUAUGUAUGUUUAUAGAAUCACAAGCUUUUCUAUUUGUAAUUGCCAUGUUAGCUUCGUAUGCACUAACCAAAUACCAGGAAUUUUGAAACGUGUUUGUUAGGGCGAGUUGGGGCAUCCCAAGAGGCAUGAUGUGACUUUCUAUGUCCUCAUUAACUAAAAGUCUCCGCCCAAUGAAAAUUAGAAGAACGUCAAUUUGUAUAAGCCAAAUAAAAAAAUCUGCUGCCUUAUACAGUUAGAAACUUGGUACAUUUCCAUUAUCAUGCAUCAAGUUAAAACCCAAUUUAAGUUUCUUCUUUUUAUUUAUCUCAA